CUCCUCAUUCCAUUCUUCAAGUCAACCUUGGGUGCCUUACCUUACCUAGGAAACUUACCUUACCUUGACUCAAGUUCGGAAGGGGACUUUCAUGCAUCCCCUCUAAGACGUUCAAUCGGAUAUGUCAGACAGUGUGACCAGAGGAGACAGGCGACGUCGAUUCGCCAAGGCCUGCGACUUGUGUCGCAUGAAGAAGGUCAAGUGUGACGGCGGUAGACCCAAGUGUACUAGAUGUCUGGAUCUGUCUCUCAUGUGCAACUAUGCCGACGUUGUUAAACCAUUCAAGCGGCGGACGCGGUCCAGUAGGGCGCAGGCAACAGCUGGAACCUCAGUGUCCGGAUCGCCUGAUGAUGGCUCGACUCGCGCAGAAGUAUGCGUCCCAAAUCAUGACAAUUUACAGGUAGCACCCGUUUCUCAAGAGCCCUCGUCCGAGCUGCACAGCAGCGGCAGCACUCCUCCUUCAUACGGAACGCGACCCUCUCCUUCUAUAGACUCUCUCAUGGGUGCAGGACGAGACUUGAGAUAUUUUGGCCCAUCUUCCGCUAUCGCAUUAUUUCGAACUCAACCGCCACCGUUCGACGAGCAAACAGCAUCGGCCCGGCGUCCAAAUACCCAGUCGGGCUCAAAAACAGGACCUUGGUCUCUAUGGACUCACCCCAAAUUACAAGGAGUCUUUGAGAAACGGGUUCACUGCCAUCUGCCGUCGUGGCCUGAAGCUCUUUCACUGGUUACGGCCUUCUUCGAGGAAAAAUACAUGGCUUUACCGCUCUUCCACCCACCUGCCUUUGUCGCACUGCUUGGUCAGCAAUAUUCUGGAGAUUUCGAUGGUGGCCCUGCCUGGUGGACCUCAUUCAACGCUGUUCUGGCAAUUUCUCAAAGGAGACGCGUUGAACAAGGGAUGUCUGACGACAAGGAACUGGCCUGGGGCUAUGCGGCCAACGCACUCGACACGAUUCUGGACAUACUCAUGAGGGCCACUCAAGUCAUGUCGGUCCAAGCUCUGCUGAUAUUGGCCUGGUUCUUUCUGGGAACUCCCAAUCCACAGCCCAGCUUCAUGUUGGUGGCUAACGCCAUUCGACUCGCACACACCAUCGGGUUACACAGAAAGGAGUGCAGCUCGUCGCUGAGCCCUAUAGAGAAAGCGGCGAGAGCCAAUGUAUUCUGGCUUGCUUUCUCUCUGGACCGAGAGUUGAGUCUCCGGACCGGGCGACCUCCUGCGCAAGAUUUCGGUGGCUUUGAGGUUGAUUUGCCUGAUUCACUGUUGCAGCAUGAGUUCAGCACCCAUGCUCCUUCCAACGGGCUGGUCAACAUUUUCAUAGCCGCUUCUCGCCUGGCUGUCAUCCAAGCUAAACUAUAUUCCAAGAUCUAUCUUGGAGAAGGGGUUAACCCAGGCGUUAUUUCAGAUGCUACGCAAGCACUAAACCAGGACUUAGAUGACUGGCGAGCGGAGUUUUCGACAGUCUUGGAUCUGGAAAGUCAUCCCGAGCUGAUCAACUACUCUUCUGUUCUACGCUUGAACUACACCUAUCGACAUUGCGUGAUUCUGGUUCAUCGGGCACAGAGCGAAUAUGACUGGAGGUCUUUGGCGUCGUCGGAGCGGUCAUCUACAGUUUUGUCAGGCCAGGUCACAACCUCUAUUCAGAACUCUGUGGAUGCUGCUAGAGCAAUUCUCCAGCUGGAUGUACUCGUCCCGGAUACCUGGAAAAGCUUGACUUGGGACGUGAUUCCGAUCAGUGUCACUGCCAUCCUCAUCUUGUCCCUCUAUACUUUGCGUCGGCCCCGCGCAGCAAACGUCGCCGAAGACCUCGAUUCUGUCUCAAAAGCUCUGAAGCGUCUUGCCUUGCUCGAACUUUCUGAACCUGGCUCAUAUUUGACUCCGGUACGAACGGUGUGUCAGGAUGUGUACAGGGCUGCUCUAGGAGCACUCAAUACGUCCAACAGCGCAUCAUCGCAACCAGGAGAUACGACCUUUGACCGCGGCCAGACUGCCGCUCACGGCAAACAAAUCCACCAAGAGAGCACUUCGGACACCAUGCGAGACUCUUCUCAAGUGGCUUUAUCAGAUCUUUCUCCCCUACUCGAGCCUCAUCACGAAGCAGCUUUGAACCCAAGCAACGGAGUCAACGGAACUAACUCUCUGCCAUUUGACCAGAAUACCCUCGAUUCUUGGGGUGUUCCUUGGGGAUUUGAACAUCUUUUGGGAGAUGAUACUUCAAUGUUCCUCUGAUAAGCUAAAGUGUGCCCCAGGCUAUUUGCCAUCCCGGACGAAGAUACAUACAACAAGCUUCAUGAGAUCCACUCGGGCUUCGACCUUCCUCUUCGACCUGUUGGCUCCUCCCACCCAAUUUGAGUCGUUUCAAACUUGAACGCGGGAGCCAGAACUCUGAUGUCCUCGUCAAGGCCGUAGUUCCGUCCACUCAUGUCCCAGAAGUAUUCGGGAUGGGUGAAGAUGUCGGGGCGAAUCUUCUUCCAAGAC